AUGGUGCAAGUUUACCUACACAGCCCGGUGCUGCUGCAAACAAACGCGUCGACGCACGUCUUCUCCAAGUUUGAUGCCUCCCCGAUGAGCGCGGCCAAUCACAAUCCCUCGCUCGCUCGCUCUUUUUGCAUCUCUGCGCAUCCCAAGCCGCGGAGAGUCUCCGAGGACCGGCGCCUGCUGUCUCGCCUCCGGGCGGGGACGCUUGCAGAAACAAAAGGUGAGAAAAUUGGUGUCAGAGUUUAUGUAGUUCACUCAUUUUCCCUUCUGUACAACACCACCGAUUACCCGUCCUGUGCUCUUAUAACGAUUUAUAUAAUCAUUCACCCUGACAUUUAUAUAGACCGCAAUGGUCGUAAACAUGACAUGAUGCUCCUGAAGCUGCCAAGAAAAACAACAGUCCAACCAAUCAAACUACCUGACUGUCCAGAUACUCUCCUACUUGGCACCAAGGUUCAGAUUGCAGGUUAUGGACCAGCAAGAGCUGGCUUAUUUAACAAAAGAAUUGAUCAUACUCCACACAAUCUUCAGGGUGCAGAGUUCAAGAUUGAUAAACAUGAAAGGUUGGAAAAAGUACUGGAAAAAGACAACGAUUGGCACAGACACCAGACAUGGUACAGUGUGAGAAGCUCUAAGAAGGACAUAUCUUUCGGCGACUGUGGUGGAGGAGUUAUCCACCAGGCCAUCAUUGGAGACCUAAAGUAUGCACUCUGUUCACCAAGUGGCUUCAUGGAUGUCUGUGCCUACAAGCAGUGGAUAGAUGACACAAUUCAUUAA